CCUGCAUGUUGAAUAGGUAUUGUAAUUCCUCUACAUAAGUAUACUCGCGCGUAGGUCAUCGGCGUCCGUGACUGGCUUAGCGACUGCGCUAUGCACAGACUUUGCCCAAGGAGGGCAGGUCCCAUUAGGAAUACUCGGUCCGUCAUGACAGCUCAUGGGAAUAAGCAAGGGUCCAGCUUUAUCGGAGAUAGCGAUCAUGGUCCACCACACCAGCCGCCUUGUCCCGUUUCUUUCGUGCCGAGCAUCUCAGCCAGAGCUUCCAACGGCGACAAGGAAGUCAGUGUAUGAUGGAUGGCCUCACAGGAACGCAGCAGGCCAAAUGGGCUGUAGCUGUGUUGUUUAUUCUCGGCUUCGCCUAUCUAUGGCGGCUCAACAAAGUCAUGAGCCAGACGCCUCCGGAGGCGGUCAAAGCGUCUCCAUACCGCUGGGCCGAUUCUGAGAUCAAGGACACAUAUAAGCGCAUUAAGGCGAAUCCGAUCGACUGGUCGAAACAUCUACCACCAAAAGCCAAUCGACGCUAUGUCGUCACUGGCGGCUGUGGUGGCGUCGGCGGCCAGAUUGUUUUGCACCUGCUCUUGCGCGGCGAGCCGCCCGAAAGCAUCCGGAUUGUCGACUUCAAGAAGGUAGAGAGAGCCGAUAUGAUGACCGGCGCCGCAGCCAAGGUGGACUUUGCGCAGGCCGAUAUCACAUCUCCGAGUGCAACGCAAGCCGCAUUUAACAAGCCAUGGCCCUCGAGCGUUGCCAAGUUGCCAUUGACUGUGUUCCAUACGGCCGCCCUCAUUAUACCAGGUGAACGUACCUUGGGCACUUUCGAGCUCAUCAGGCGGGUAAAUGUUGAUGGCACGAAGCACGUCAUGGAUGCGGCCAAGGCCGCAGGUGCCACCAUCUUCAUCGCGACGUCUUCUGCUUCGAUUGCUCAUCGGAAUGCCGGUUAUUGGGGCAACCCGUUCCGGCGCUGGCCUAGGAAUUAUUUCCAGGCCAUUGACGAGUCAGAUUUCGACAAGCCGCUACCUUCCCACUCAGAAUUCUUUAGCAACUACGCGCACACUAAAGCUAUUGCAGAGAGAAUGGUCUGUCACGCGAAUAGUCCGAACUUUCGGACUGGCACCAUUCGCCCAGCCAAUGCUAUCUAUGGAAGUAGCAAUGGUGACCAGGUCGUUGGCGUGGUGUUGCGUACCCAGAGCGCUCAGAGCUGGAUGAAAAACAUAGUGCAGAACUUCGUCCAUGGUGGCCACAUCUCACUCGGCCACUUGCAAUUUGAGGCCGCUCUACUUCGCAAGGAAAUGCCCAAAUGUGCCGGUCGGCCGUUCAUCAUCACCGACGAUGGGCCCCCGCCCUCAUAUGGCGACAUGUACUACCUGUGCUAUGCAACUGCCGAGACGCCGGUCAAGCUCACGUUUCUGCCGCCGGCACCCUUUUUCAUUCUCUCUCACAUCGUCGAGCUGGUUGCUAUCGCGAGCAGGACGCCCGUAUUGAAGUGGAUAUUUCCCGCACCCAAAGGCACACUCGCAAUUCUUCAGCCAGGCGUCUUUCACGCUAGCUUGAAUUUUGUAGCGUCGGACAGAGCUGCGCAGAAGAGCGUUGAGCAAGGUGGUCUCGGCUUCAGACAUGUCCACACUACCUUGGAGGGGAUGUGUCAACAGGUUUUAGAGUGGAACAAUGAGAACGCGUCGUCAAGCUCUUGAAUGCGCGGAAGAAAAGGAUAUGGGGCUGCUCUAUCUUAAAGACAAUAAUUGGUGAGCCCCACGACAUUGUGAUCCACGGUCCGGCAAUUAGACGGCAUAACGAUAGC